AUGAAGAGAUGGAAUAGCUCAGACUCAAGAGAGUCUGAGGACCCACCCCAAGAGGCCACCUGUUUGGAUCCUCCAGAUGGUGAUCCUAACUGCAAGCCACCUUCAGCCAAACUCCACAUCUUCACGGCCAAGAGCCGCCCCCGGCUUUUUGGGAAGGGUGAUUCUGAGGAGGCUUCCUACAUGGACUGUUCUCAUGAGGAAGGUGAGGUUGCCUCCUGUCCAGCCAUCACAGUUAGCCCUGCUGUCGUCGUCCAGAGGCCUGGGGAUGACCCCACCUGUGCCAGGCAGCUCUCCCAAGACUCUGUCACCUCUGGUGCCGAGAAGACCCUCUACGAUCGCAAGAGGAUCUUUGAAGCAGUGGCUCAGAAUAACUGUGAGGAGCUGUCGAAACUGCUGCUCUUCUUACAGAAGAGCAAGAAGCACCUCAUGGACAGCGAAUUCAAAGACCCAGAGACAGGCAAGACGUGUCUGCUGAAAGCCAUGCUUAACCUCCAUGAUGGCCAUAAUGACACCAUCCCCCUGCUCCUGGAGAUUGCGCGACAGACGAACAGCCUAAAGGAGCUCGUCAACGCCAGCUACACGGACAGCUACUAUAAGGGCCAGACAGCACUUCACAUUGCCAUCGAGAGGCGGAACAUGGCACUGGUGACCCUCCUGGUGGAGAAUGGGGCAGAUGUCCAGGCAGCAGCCAACGGAGACUUCUUUAAGAAAACCAAAGGGCGGCCUGGCUUCUAUUUUGGUGAGCUGCCACUCUCCCUGGCUGCAUGCACCAACCAGCUGGGCAUCGUGAAAUUCCUGCUGCAGAACUCCUGGCAGCCGGCUGACAUCUGCGCUCAGGACUCGGUGGGCAACACAGUGCUGCACGCCCUGGUGGAGGUGGCCGACAACACGGUUGACAACACCAAGUUUGUUACGAGCAUGUACAAUGAGAUUCUCAUCCUGGGGGCCAAGCUCCACCCAACGCUGAAGCUGGAGGAAGUUGUCAACAAGAAGGGACUGACGCCACUGUCUCUGGCUGCCAGCAGUGGGAAGAUUGGGGUCUUGGCCUAUAUUCUUCAGAGGGAGAUCCAGGAGCCUGAGUGCAGACACCUAUCAAGGAAGUUCACUGAGUGGGCCUAUGGGCCUGUGCACUCCUCACUCUAUGACUUGUCCUGCAUUGACACUUGUGAGAAGAACUCUGUACUGGAGGUGAUCGCCUACAGCAGCAGCAAGACCCCUGUGAGUGCGGUGGUGACACUGAUUGAGGAUGGAAAGAAUAACUCUGUGCUGGCUGAGACCACACCACACAGGUGGCGGGGGCUUGGCUGCCGGCCCACUGACAGCUCUUACAAUAGCCUGUACUCCACGUGCCUGGAGCUGUUCAAGUUCACCAUUGGUAUGGGCGACCUAGAGUUCACUGAGAACUAUGAAUUCAAGGCUGUCUUCAUCAUCCUUUUACUGGCCUACGUGAUUCUCACCUACAUCCUGCUGCUCAACAUGCUCAUUGCCCUCAUGGGUGAGACUGUAAACAAGAUCUCGCAGGAGAGCAAGAACAUCUGGAAGCUGCAGAGAGCCAUCACCAUCCUGGACACAGAGAAAAGCUUCCUUAAAUGUAUGAGAAAGGUCUUCCGCUCAGGCAGACUGCUGCAGGUGGGGUACACACCUGAUGGCAAGGAUGACUAUAGGUGGUGUUUCAGGGUGGAUGAGGUGAACUGGACCACCUGGAACACCAAUGUGGGCAUCAUCAACGAAGACCCUGGCAACUGUAAGGGCAUCAAGCGUACUCUGAGCUUCUCUCUGCGGCCACAUAGAGUUGCAGGGAGGACCUGGAAGAACUUUGCCCUGGUUCCUCUUUUAAGAGAUACAAGUACUCGAGAAAAGGCUGCUGCUCAGCCUGAAGAGGUCCACCUGAGAUACUUUGCUGGGUCCCUUAAGCCAGAAGAUGCUGAGGUCUUCAGGGAUUCCGCUGCUUUCGGGGACAAGUGA